UGAAGGAGUAGCCUGUUGGCUCAGGGUGUCUGGGGAGGCAUGUCUGACCUGCUGGAGGUUUUCUCAGCCGUAUCCAGGGUCAAAGGCGCUGUCCAUGAGGCUGUGUACGAGGAGAUUGAUUACCUUGUAACGCCGAAGGAGGAUCUGCUGCGUAGCUCGGAUGACUCAGUAUCUCAACUGCCCUAUUACACCGGGGAUGCUGAGGAGGACAGUGACCAUAAAUCCACUCCAGAGCCCCCAGAUCAGAGGACUGAGGUCACUAGUGAGGGUUAUGAUGAUGCUGAAGAGGUACCACUGCCUGAGGCUCCCCCUGCCUCUCAGAUGAGCGAGGGGGAGGUGCCCCCAGAGGAGGAGACUGGGAUGAGGGCCUCGCAGACAGGUGAGCGGGUCAGCUGAUCUCCUGUAGUGUUUGCUCUGUGUCCGGGAAAGGGUGAAUCUGAGCUCCUCAAUGCCCAUCCUUCCUGGAGAUUCCAAAUUUGCAUGAGGUCCUAUGUUUGAUAACAUCACCUCGAACAUACACCUCUCUGUAAUGCCG